ACAACGCGUCGCCGUCGUCACUGAUCGUCGUCAGCAGCGCUCGCGAUUCCACGUCCUCGCCGCAUCAUCCUUCCAGCAGCUCGAGCCGGUAUAAUUCGCGCUGUGCGAAAGCCGUAACAGCAGCAGCAGCGUCGCCUCAUCAUCAUAUACGGCAGCAGCAGCAACGACUCUGGGAUUGUAUUCGUGGAGGAGGAGAAAAGACAACGACUGCUCGCGACUGCUUUUGGCCCCGAGACCGAACACGUCGGCUUCCACGACUUCAGUUGAUUGCGCGAGGCUCGACCGAUCGAGACCAACACAGACCCAACGACAAAAUGUACAAGUGCCUGGCUCUGUUGCUGCUGGUAGCCACGAGCUGCUGCUACGCCGCCGGCGAAGACGUCUACGAGUGGAACGAUGGCGAGUUCACCGAGGAGCUCAAGCGCCAUGAGAACACCCUCGUCAUGUUCUACGCACCCUGGUGUGGACAUUGCAAAAAAUUGAAACCUGAAUAUACUAAAGCUGCUGAAAUGUUGAGAAACAAUGACCCACCAAUCACUUUGGCUAAAGUUGACUGUACAGAAGGUGGAAAAGACACUUGCAGCAAGUACCAAGUCAGUGGCUACCCAACAUUGAAAAUCUUUAACAGAGACGAAAUGGUUAGCGAGUACAAUGGACCAAGAGAGGCAUCUGGUAUUGCCAAAUACAUGAGGGCUCAAGUUGGACCUGCAUCAAAAGAACUUAAGACUGCUGAAGACUUAUCUAAUUUCCUCAAUUCCGAUGAAGUAAGUGUAGUUGGUUUCUUUGAAAAAGAUGAUGGUAAAUUGUCUGCUGCCUACCAUGCUGUUACCAAAAAAUUGAGAGAAAAAGUUAGGUUUGCUCAUGUCAUUGCACCUGAAGUUCUCAAAAAAGAAGAACUCAAGAAUAACAUUGUGUUGUACAGACCAAAAGUUCUGAACAACAAAUUUGAGCCAUCCAAGCUUGUUUAUGAAGGUGCUGAAAGUGUUGGUGACAUCCAGUCUUUCAUUAAAGAAAACUACUAUGGUCUUGUUGGAGUUCGUACUUCUGAAAACCGUGGAGAAUUCAAAAACCCAUUGGUUGUUGCCUACUACAAUGUUGACUAUACCAAGAACCCCAAGGGUACAAACUACUGGCGUAACCGUGUCAUGAAGGUGGCCAAGGAAUACCCAGAAUAUAACUUCGCUAUUUCUUCCAAAGACGAGUUCCAACACGAACUUAACGACUUUGGAAUUGAUUACGUCAAAGGAGACAAACCAGUUGUAUUGGCCCGUGACGAACGCAACCAGAAAUUCGUUCUCUCCGACGAGUUUUCUCUGGAAAGCUUCGAGCUUUUCAUGAAUGACUUACAAUCUGGCUCAUUGGAACCUUUCCAAAAAUCAGAACCAAUUCCUGAAGACAAUUCCGGACCAGUCAAGGUCGCCGUUGCCAAGAACUUCGACGAACUUGUUACAAACAGUGACAAAGAUGUACUGAUCUCGUUCUAUGCCCCAUGGUGCGGACACUGCAAGAAACUUGCUCCAACCUUCGAAGAAUUGGCUGAGAAAUUGGCCGACGAAGAUGUAGCCAUUGUCAAGAUGGAUGCUACAGCCAAUGAUGUUCCACAACCCUUCAAUGUCCAAGGCUUCCCUACUCUCUACUGGGUCCCCAAGGAUGCCAAGGAUAGCCCAGUCAAAUACGAAUCCGGCCGCGACCUCGAAGAAUUCAUCAAAUUCAUCGCCAAGCGCGCAACCAAGCCCCUGAAGGGCUAUGACCGCAGCGGCAAGCCCGUCAAGCCCGCUCAAGAUGAGCUGUAAAAAAUCACCAAGAAACAACGUUCCAUUCUUUGAUAUGCAUGUAAUAUUAAGACUCAAAACUAAGAAAAGUUAUGCGUGAUCGAUUUGUAAUUUUUGAGAAUUUUUUCAUUUUUAUAAUGUAACUGAUUUGUCAGAUAUUGAUAACGUUUUAUCAUCAAUCUGUAACAAGUGAGAAAUUCUAAAACAGACGCUCUUAUUUUAGAGUAACAACUUUAUAGUAUUAAAAGAAAAAAUUGCUCUAAAUUUUUACUUUGAACAAGAAAAUAAAUGUGUCCCAAAAAGGCACAAAAACCAUCUGAAA